GACGGUUGACACUACCGUACAUUUCUUCACCCAGGUAUUUUUGUUUUCUUUGAAACAUUCGAUUCCUUCUUUAUUCCCCGCCGGCAGCCACCGUCUUAUUCACCCACCAAGCAGAAUUAUCCACCCACCACCGUCGGAAAAUCCAGUAUGCCGUCGGUUUCCGGGAAACUCGUCUGCGUCACCGGCGCCGGAGGUUUCAUUGCUUCAUGGCUCGUCAAACUCCUCCUCGAAAAAGGGUACACUGUUAGAGGCACUCUCCGAAAUCCAGAUGAUCCCAAGAAUUCUCAUUUAAGAGAACUUGAAGGAGCCAGUGAGAGAUUAAUUUUAUGCAGAGCUGAGCUUAGUGAUUAUGGAAGUUUACGUGAAGCUAUCGAUGGCUGUGACGGUGUUUUCCAUACUGCUUCACCUGUCACCGAUGAUCCAGAGCAAAUGGUGGAGCCAGCGGUAAUUGGGGCUAAGAAUGUAAUUCGUGCGGCGGCGGAAGCCAAGGUCCGCCGUGUAGUUUUAACCUCAUCAAUUGGUGCAGUAUACAUGGAUCCCAACAGAGACCCUGAAAAAGUUGUUGAUGAGAGUUGCUGGAGUGAUCUUGAAUUUUGCAAAAAUACCAAGAAUUGGUAUUGCUAUGGGAAGGCAGUGGCAGAACAAGCAGCAUGGGAUAUAGCGGUGGAGUUAGGAGUGGACAUGGUGGUUAUCAACCCGGUUUUGGUGCUUGGACCGUUGCUUCAAGCCACUAUAAAUGCCAGUGUUCUUCAUAUAUUGAAGUAUUUGACUGGCUCAGCAAAGACCUAUGCCAACUCCGUCCAGGGGUAUGUUCACGUCAAGGAUGUAGCAUUGGCUCAAAUACUACUUUUCGAGACACCUGUGGCCUCUGGGCGCUACCUUUGUGUUGAGAGCGUGAUCCACCGAGCUGAGGUGGUCGAGAUUCUGGCCAAGUUUUUCCCUGAAUAUCCGAUCCCUACCAAGUGCUCAGAUGAAAAGAACCCAAGAAGAAAACCCUACGAAUUCUCAAACCAAAAGCUGAAAGACUUAGGGUUGGAAUUUACACCGGUGAAGCAGUGUUUAUAUGACACAGUCAAAAGCCUGCAGGAGAAAGGACACAUCCCAAUUCCUAAACAAAAUAAUAUUGAACCCAUUCACAUUCAGUCUUAGACUCAUUUCUUCUGUAUUUGCUGCCAUUUUUUCAACAAAGUGGUAGCUGUAAUUCAUAAGAGACUGAAUGUGAAUAAAUUCUGUUUUCUUUUUCCUUCCCUUUUCAAAGCAAAUGUCUAUUUAAAAGUUAAUGUAUUUUGGAUAUUCGAAUUAUGCUUUUAAUGACAUAUAAUAUUGGAUUCAUCAUGAA